ACAGGGAGGCAGGGUUGUUUAUUGGUCAUACGUCAGAAAGAAAGCGAGCGAGCGAGUGAGAGUCAGAGAGAAAGAGGGAGCUUGUACGUAUUUCAUGGGACAGGAUUUCAUGACAGUGUGAGUGCAGAAUGUGAGGCACGCUGAGGAGAGCGUUAUCCACAGCUCCUUCCUGCCACACUCCGCGAAGAACAGAAAUGCUAUUGUACAAACAGCACUGAUAUACUGGAGGGCUUGCAGAGCGCAGAGCCGAUGGCAGAGAAGUUGAAAGGCCAACUGAAUGACCUGGUGCGAUACUCCAGAGAUCUGGGCUCACAAUCGGACCGGGUCACCGCAGUUAUCAAACAGCACAACAGCCUCAGUCUUCGAGCGUCCAGAGAGUGUCAAAACAAGGAGCGCUUGUUGGAGCAGAGGUUCCGCACAGCCCUGAGAGACUUCCAGCAGUGGUUGGUCAACGCCAAAAUCAGCACUGCCAAAUGCUUUGAUGUCCCACAGAGUGUCGCAGAGGCCUCCACUGCUCUGCAGAGGAUCCAAGAGUUCUUGAGUGACAGGGAGCAUGGCCAGGCCAGGCUGAGUACAGUAGGAGCCAGUGGGGAGCUGCUGAUGGCUGUGGUGUCCAGAGACAGAGUGGAGGGGAUCAAGGCCAAGGUGGCAAAUGCGAGAGACGACUGGAAGACCCUGAUGAAUAACCUGCAGAUGAGGGAGGAUGCACUCAAGAACUUGCAGUCCCAGAUGACGGAGUUUGAAGCCAGUGCAGAACCUCUGCAGGACUGGCUGAACAGCACAGAGGUAACAGUUCAAGAGAGCAGUGCUCGGCUACAUGACCUUCCAGCCAAGAAACAGGAGCUCAGUAAACUACAGUGUGUACUGGAAGAGAUAGCCAGUCGGGAAGCAGAGCUGGGCAGGCUGAGGGAAAGAGCUCACCGUCUUUGGGAGGGACAAGCAGCUGGCAAGGGCUUCGUCCAUCGUGUAUCCCAGCUGUCAGCACAGUACCUAGCCCUCAGCAACUUAACCAAGGACAAAGCCUCCAGGAUUGAACGUAUUGUAGGGGAACACCGCCUCUUCUCUCAGGGUCUUAAAGAGCUGCAGGACUGGGUGUGUGAAGCUCAGAGGGUCCUCAGUAACUGCAUCUCUACCACCACUGACAAGGGCGUGUUGGAGGACCGGAUGUUACAGCUGGAAGCCUUACUGGCUGCUCGUCAGGAGAGGGAGAUCCAGCUAAAGAUGCUGCUGACGCGGGGAGAAGCAGUCCAGAGAAAUACCUCGGCUGAGGGCGUCCCGGUGAUUCGCAAACAGAUCCAGGACCUCAAGGACUCAUGGGAUUCCCUGCUUUCUGCCUCCAUUCAGUGUAAAAGUCAGCUGGAGGGUGCUCUGUCGCAGUGGACCAGCUAUCAGGAGGAUGUAGGUCAGUUUGUGUUGUGGAUGGCCCGCGUGGAGGAGACAUUAAGCUGCUCAGACAGACAGUACUCUGAGAUGAGAGACAAGACGGCUAACCUGGGAAAGACCAAGCUUCUUUAUGAAGAAGUACUGAGUCACAACAGUCCUCUCGAGACCAUUGCAACAAAGGGGUCCAAUAUGGCUGAACACUACACUACCCAGCAGGAGGUGCAGCAGCUGCAGUGUAGAUACAACACCCUCAAAGAAAAGGCCAAGAAUGCAGUCAGUAAGGCCAAGGGACUGGUGCUGGUCCAUCAGGAAUAUCAAAGGGGGUUACAUGUGUUUGAGGACUGGCUGGAGCAGGAACAGGCCACUCUGGCCUCUUUGUCCCAUCAGGAGGGAAACGUGGAUACACUAGAGAAGACACUGCAACAGCUACAGCUCCUGCAGGAUCGAUGCUCAAAUGGCCAGUCUUUGCUCUCCUCUGUGCUGACCAGCAGAGAGCGAGUAAUCCCUUGGGGUACACCACAGAUCGAGGACCGCGCCCUGGACACCGCUCAGAGAGAGUGGGGGGCCUACCAGGGUCGUCUGGAGGAGACUCAGGCCCAACUGAGCUCCACACUGACCAGACUGAGGCAGAUGGGCCAAAGGUUCCUGAGCCUGGCCCAGUGGCUGGAGGAAAUGGAGAAGGUGGCAAACAUCAGACGUCAUCGGAGGUCAGACAGAGCCAACAAGGAGACUCAGCUAAAGAAACUCCAGGGGUGUCUUGAGGCAGUGCUUGCACGGCAGGGAGAAAUCGAUGGGCUCUCCUCUCUGGCCCAGCAGGUUCUGGAGGAAACCUACAUCAGUAGUCGUGUUAGCGUUACUGCCACCCAGCUCACUGCCCGCUACCAUUCCCUGCUACUCAACAUACAGGACACUAUCAAGCAGCUACAAGAGGAAGUGAAGAGUAUUGAGGAAGCAGAAAAUCUUUGCAUGUCAUUCACUGACUGGCUCGACUCAACUCAGAAAAGCUUCACGGUGUUAACGGAUAGUUCUGAACCUCUGGACCGGGUCGCCAUGGAAAAGAAGAUGAAGAAACUAGAGGCUCUCCAGUUUGAGCUCCAACAUGGCCACAGUUUCCUGAAAUCCCUGAGGGAGCGGGCAGAACAAGCAGCAAGCUCCCUGGAUGAGGCUGGAGCUGAGAGUUUGGGAGGGGAGGUAGAAGCUCGUCUUGCCCAGCUGGAGGAGCUCGCAAGUGGGCUGAGGCAGGAGCACAGCUUUUUAGAGCGGGCAUUGCUUUUAGCUAAGGAGUUCCAGGACCGGUACAAGGCUCAGGCUCAGUGGUUGGUGGAGACCCGAGCUUUGCUCAACACCCCGGUGGAGCCCAAGGCUGAACUGUACCAAAGGAGAGCACAGCUGGCUAAGUAUAAGGCUCUGUUGUUGAUGGUUCAGUCCCAUGAUGGAUCCAUCAGGUCAGUAGUGGAGAAGGGAGACGCUCUGCUGGCUUCUGUCCACUACCCCUCCAUCAGAGACAAAAUGAACAGACUUCAAAGGGACUACACUGAACUCUGUAAAAGAGCCAUGGCUCAUUUGGAGAACCUGGAAGGCCAGGUGAAGGAACAGGAAGCUUACCACAACGAACUCCAGGAGGUGGAACGCUGGCUGCUCCAGAUGUCCAGCAGGAUGGUGACUCCUGAUCCCACUGUGGGCGGAAGCUUGGAGGCAGCCACUCAACAGCUGGCCAGGCACAAGGCCAUCAUGGAGGAAAUAGCAGGCUUUGAGGAUCGCUUGGCAGGCCUGAAGGAGCGUGGAAACCACCUGGUACAAGGCUGCAGUGACCGUGUGCAGAGCAGGCUCAGACAGCAGGUCCAGGCUCACCAGCAAGGCACCAGAGACAGCUACUCUGCCAUCUGUAGCACAGCACAGAGAGUGUAUCAGAGUCUGGACCAUGAGUUACAAAGACAUGUGAGUCUCCAAGACACACUGCAGCAGUGCCAGACCUGGCUGACCUCUGUUUCAGAAGAACCAGAGCCUCCUGCACAUCCUCCUCUCAGCCUGGAGGAAGCACUACAGCAGGUGAAACAGGAGCGGGCUCUCCAGGAACAGGCCAGCACUUACCUCCAACUUGUGUGCUCAACCUGUGACCUGUCAGAGCCAAGGGUCAGGGAGACUGCAGCAGCUAUCCAGCAGGUCAAAUUGCAGAAUGAUGAGCGUAUGCUGCUUUGUGAGGAGGUAGCAGACAGCUGGAGGGACAUUGAGGAGCAGAGGGGAGAUCUGGAGGUCCAACUGAGAGAGACAGAGCAGCAACUUCAGAACCUCAUCAGGAGACCUGCAGAGCUGGAGCCCAAGAUUGCACAAAACCACCUCGACAAGGCACAGGAGUUCCUCCAGCAGAUUAAGGAGAGACAGUCGGAGGUAACCCAUUUGAAUGAAGCCAUUGGUAGGCUGACAGAUGGACAGGUCUCUCCUGCCCUGGAGGAGAUAAGGAGACUUAGAAGAAGCUGGAUGGACCUGGGCCAGCGGGCUGAAGAGCUGGAGGCUCAGCGGGGGGAGGACAUGCAGCGAAGUGGGGAGUACCAGGAGAGCGUAGUUGCUGUGGAGGAACUCUUCCACCAAGUAUCCAGGGAAUGGGAUUACCUCGCCAGGGCUGACACAGAAAGUACAAGUGAGCAUCUAGAGGCUCUAAGGAAGCUGUCCAGUGACCUGGAGGAGCAGAAAACAACUCUAGAAGAGCUCAGAGACCAGAGACAAGCUAUUCUACCUCGAAUCAGCCUGCUAGACAAAGAGCUGGCCAAGCAACAGGUGGGUCACCUGGAGCAGCGCUGGGCCCAGCUGGAAACCCUGAUUCAGCAGAAGAUCCAGGACUCUGCACAGACACUGGAGGAUCUGGCUCGGGUGGAAUCCCAGCUGAGGGAUGCCCGGGAAUGGGUGGAGGAACAGCGGCCUGCACUUAACUCUGCGCUGAAAACCAGCCCGCCCCCCGAUUUGGCACAGAGUUUUCUGUUCGACCAUCUGAGUGUGUGUGUGGAACUUGAGGCGCGUCAGCAGCUGCUGGGUCAGGCAGUGAGCGAAGCCCAGGCUGUGGCUUCCAGACUGGGGCUGAGUGAGAAGAGAUGCCUUCAAGGGCUUGUUGAACAAGCCCAGACUGAAGUGGAGGCUCUGGGGGCUCGGGUGGCCCAAAGGAGGAAGUACCUCAGUAAGGCCUUCACAGAGAGGACACAGUUCCUACAAGGCUUGGGGAGAGCAAUGUCUUGGGUACAGCAACAGGAGAGGAAGGCUUUAAUAGAUGACCACAUAGCGCUUCUCCCUGAGGACCUGGCCAAACAGGUUGCUGCAUGUCGGGGUGUCCAGAGCGGCUUACGAGCUUACCAGAGGGAGCUGGCAUCUCUCUGGGUACAAGGGCGAGAGCUGGAGAGAGAUGCCACCGACAAAGAAAGAGCAGAAACUCUGGCAAAACUUGAGGAGCUACAAUCGGUCUUUGAAACCGCCCUCCAGAGGACCACUCAGCGUCUCACAGACCUAGAGAAAGCCUUAACCUCUAGGAAGUACUUUCAGAUUGACCUGGACAAGACCUGCCACUGGUUGAGACGAGCAGAUGCCAUCACCUUCCCUGAAAUCAAUUUAAGCAAUGUUGAUGAAAACUCAGAAUUGCAGACACAACUUUCUAACUUUCAAUAUGUCCUGGAACAAGCUUCAGAAUAUGAGAACCUCCUUCUAAUCGUCCAAAGAAUAGGCCAGGAGAUCCUCCGUACUCUGAAUGAGAUUGACCAUUGCUACCUAGAUGAGAGGCUUAAUGCCCUGCCUCAGCAGUACAAUGCCAUCCUAGCUCUAGCCAAAGAGAAAAAAGACAGAGUCCAACAAAUAAUCCUAGAGAGAAAAGAGUUCAGCACUUUCUUUGAUAUUACUCGUAAUGCACUGGAGGAGCUUCAAGAGCAGUUUGACAGUCUGGAGAAGCAGACUAUCAGUAUUAGAGAGGAGGACGUUGUUUGUCUAAUUAAUGAAUACAGAAAUAUUAAUGAAAGUUUAUUCCACAUUAGCCCUGCUGUGAGAGAACUUCAUGGCAAAAAUGAGGGGUUCCUCUGUAGAGGUCAGCAAUACAGAGCUGAAGAGACACAGCAUCUAGUCAGUCUCCACAACACACUGAAGAGAAGAAAUGAUAAUAAAAUUAAACACUUAGAUAAUUGUUUAAUAACUGUAGUUGAACACAACAGAGUAUUAACCAAUUUGGACUUAGAGAUAAAGUCUGUUAAAGAGAAGUUGGUCAGACUUAAGUCAGACAAAGAAGUAGGUGCCAUAGAUAAAAUCACAAGUCUUUAUUCAAUGCUAGAAAGACUGGAUGUUGUGAGCUCUCAGACUGAAAAAUGUAUUUAUCAAACUGAGGGCCUUGGUCUGAAGUUUGAACCUGCUGCCUUUCAAGAAGCUACAUUGCAGCGAGAAUCCUUGCAGUCCUUACGGCUUGAGGUAAAAUCUUCUGUUGACGAAAUUGAAAUGAAAGUCACAAAAAAUGAAGAUAUCACAAGAGAGACUGAGAAAAUGUUGCAGUGGCUGAGGACCAUCAAGGACAAAUUGGAAGAGCCUUUGACCUUUUCAGAGGUCAAAGUUGAGAGGGUACAUGAGGAAGUGCGCAAGCUGGAAAUCAUGGAAGAGGAAUUUAGAAGUAGAUUGAGGAUAGCAGAUGCCUUUGGUAGCAGAGAAAAGCAAAUAUAUUGCAGUAGGAAAGAAAUGGUUCCUGUCCAUGUUGAAGAGAAACUACAGGAACUGGCAAAGCUGGGAGCUGAAGUUCAAGAAGAAAUUCGCAAGAAACAGCUGGCUGUGGAUAAAGUUCUUGCCCUGGUCCAGAGGCACCACCUAUCACUACAGUCCAUGCAGAAAUGGCUGGACUCUGCCGCGGCUUUGCUCCAGAGGGUCAGCUCCGAGGUGGAGCUCGAGAACCAUACAGAUUGUAUGCUGGACCUGGAAGAGAUUUCAGCCCAGGAAAAGAGGUUUACAGCUGGUUUAGAGGAACAGAGGACUUUGGAUUCUCUGCUGGUGGAUUUUAUGGAACCAAGGGUGAUGAGUGGACUCAGAGAAAAAGUUGAGAAACUGCACCUCAGAAACACAGAAGUCAAACAUCAACUGGAUGCUUAUAGAGAAGUGUUGCAAAGAUGUGCAGCUCUACGGAGCUCCUUCCAACAUGAGAGAGAGACACUGGUUGAACAGAUGAACGACGCAGAAAGCAAGAUGGCCAUGUUCACCACAGCUAAAGCUACCAGUAUCCAACAGGCAGAGGACAAGUGUCAGCGAUACAAGUCUCUUGUGGCUCACAUCGACCUGCUGGAGUUGCCUCUAAACUCCUUGAAAGAGAAUGCAACAGAGUUAGAGCAGAUCAUCUCUCAGUCCAGCAAAGGUGUCACCAGCCACUCUGUGUCGUCACUAUGGCAACGGUGGAACAGGCUCCGCGGUGUGGCCCGAGCCCAGGAGAGAGCGCUGGAGGAUACCGCGAGGGAGUGGAGGAACUUCACAGAGAAGAUGGAGAAGGUGUGCUCUGUGUCCAAAGACCUCCACAGUCGUGUCCCAGACAGCACGGUUGAGAAGGCUGCAACUAGGACAGCGCUUCAGAGCCUCCUAGAGUACCAUGACUCCUUCAGCCAGGAGGUGGAGAGGGAGCAGUCCAUCCUGGCCCUGCUUAGGCAACACACCCGCAGCCUCAGAGGAGAGGAGGAGGAGAAGGAGGUGAUGGAGAAAAAGACAGAGAAUGGACACGAGGAGACACCGUGCCUACAAGAGAUCAGAAGCAUGCAGGAGCAGUAUGACAGUCUUGUGUUACGGGUGCGGGCAAGCAGGGCUCAGGUACACCAGGAGUUAAAGGAAAGAGAGGAGGUUGAAAAAGAGUUGGGGUUGGUCAAAGGAUGGAUCCAAGACACUCGUGGCUUAUUGCUUAGUCCAACUGCAGACCUGGAUUCACUGCUUCAAGAGCUAGAGACUGCACAUGGUGAGGUCAUCAGCAGACGUAAGAGUGUGGAGCGCAUGACAGAGCUGCAGCAGUCUAAGUACCAGGACCUCCAGGCUGGUCUGCCCUCAGAGCUCAGCAUGCAGCUGGCUGAGGUGGCUCUGGCUUUGGGCUCCGCUGAAGACCAGGUCCAGGCGAGGGAAAGGGAGGUGCAGCAGACCAGAGAUGUGAAAGAGGACUUCAGCUCCCGACUCGAGGAUAUCGAGGCAAAGCUGAAGACCAUUGCUUUGAAAUUGGAAGACAAGAAUGCCGACCUGGAGGAGGCUAAAGAAGAGACCAAAGCUCUUUGUGAAGAGUGUGAAUCCUGUUGUCGCUCUCUGGCAGAGUUAGGAGUAGCAGUGCAGGAGUUUGGUGAGCAAAACCCUCUGCUGUGUAAGCAGCUGGGCGAUGCCGUGGCCAAACUGACAGAGCUGCAGCGCCACACAACACAGCAGGCCCAGGACAGAGCCAACAGACUGAAGAAGGCGGAAAGACAGGUGGAGGAAUAUCAGGGUAUGAAGGCAUUCAUAUUGGGCUGGACAGAAAAGGCAGAGGCUCUGGUCACUGGUAACAUCAUCUGGAGCUCUGCUUCCCAGCUGCAGGAGCAAAUUCGAGCACAUCAGGCAUUGCUGCGGGAGUGCCGGGGUCUCCAUGGUGACUUGGAGGCCAUGGGGGAGAGGGAGGGGCAGCUGGGGGAGGUGUUGCAGAUGGAGGGCUGGAGCCAACAGGUGAAACACCUCAGCAGAUGUACUGAGGAGCUGCAGCAAACUGCUAAGACUCGCCUCCAGAGUCUGCAGGAUGCAGCAAAGGACAUGUUGCGACUGGAAGCAGAGGUAAAGAGCCUCCAUGCAGGAAUAGACCAGAUCCAGGUGACACUUGCCUCCCCUGACCUCAACAGACUAAGCCUCAGAGAGCAGCUCACACAGAGACAGCGUCUGUUAGUGGAAAUGGAGGGCUUCAAGCAGCAGGUGGUGGCGGUACAGCACUGUCAGAGCGCCCUCCGGCUACCAGAGGAGGUAGUGGUCAGUCUGCCUAUCUGCCGUACAGCUCAUACUCUGCAGCAAGAGGCCAGCCAACUGCAGCAUACCACCAUCCAGCAGUGCAACAUUCUGCAGGAGGCUGUGGUGCAGUAUGAGCAGUAUGAACAGGAAGUGAAGAACCUCCAGAGAUUAAUAGAAGAAGCACAUCGCAUCAUUCAGGACCGGCCUGUCUCCACCAAUAACAUACAGGAACUUCAGGCUCAAAUACACCACCAUGAGGAGCUGGCCCAGAAGAUCCGUGGCUACCAGGAGCAGAUCGCCUCGCUCCACUCCAAGUGUAAGAUGCUGACGGUGAAGGCCAAACAUGCCACCAUGCUGCUGACGGUCAGCGAGGUAGAGGGCCUAUCGGACGGCAUGGAGGAGCUGAGCGAUGAAGAGUUGCCCAGUGCUGUGGCAACCGCUACCCAUGUUGCCACCAAGCAGCUUCCAGCACACCCCUCUGUCGUCAUGAUGACAGCCGGCCGCUGCCACACACUCCUCUCCCCUGUGACGGAGGAGUCAGGGGAGGAGGGCACCAACAGUGAGGUCUCCUCUCCCCCUGCCUGCCGCUCCCCCUCCCCAGGGGCUAAUGCUGAUGCUCCUCUUAACCAGGGUCGAGGCGCCUUAAGCCGAGCGCCCCUCCAGGAGCUGUAUGACCCAUCCAUGGAGACAAGUGCUGCUAACCUUGAUGACCUGCAGAGAUCCUGGGAAACACUCAAGAAUGUGAUAAGUGAGAAGCAGAAGAGUUUGUAUGAGGCUCUCGAGCGGCAGCAGCACUAUCAGGAGUCCCUACAGUCCAUUUCCACCAAGAUGGAGUCCAUCGAGGGGGCACUCAAUGAGGGCCUGGAGCCCAACAAGAGCCCCGAGAGCCAGAUGGCUGCACACCAGGCUCUGAUGGAUGAGAUCCUGAUGCUGCAGGAUGAGAUUGGUGAGUUACAGACUUGUUUCUCUGAGGAGCUGGCAGACAGUGACAGCGAUGGGGAAGCAGGUGACCAACUGGCGCUACAGUCUACUCUUACUGUACUGGGAGAGAGGAUGGCCACCAUUCGAAUGAAGGCUUCAGGAAAACGACAGCUUCUUGAAGAGAAACUGAGUGAACAGCUAGAGGAGCAGCGGCAGGAACAGGCACUGCAGCGUUACCACAGCGAGGCUGAGGAGCUCGACCACUGGCUGCUCAGCACUCGUGCCACUCUCAGCUCCGCACUUCAGCCCCAAAACGAUGACAUGGAUAUGGAGGAGCAGCUCAUUGACUGUCAGAACAUGCUGUUUGAGAUCGAGCAGAAGGUGUCGUAUCUGUCAGAGCUGUCGGUCCACAGUGAGAGUUUGCUCUUGGAAGGCCGGGCCGAAACCAAGGGAGAGGCGGAGCAACUCACCCUCAAACUGCGCUCCCUCAAAGACAGCCUUCUGGAGCUGCAGCAGAUGCUGCAGGACAAACAGGUUGACAUACAGGGUUCACUGCAGGAGCAGGAGGACAGUGAGCCAGACUCAUCUCUGUCCCAGAGUCCUAAUGUCCAGGAUUGGCUGUCUCAGGCCCGUUCAACACGCACACAGCAACACCACGACAACGUGCUUCGCCAGAGGGCGCUGCAGGAGCAAGUAGCUGAACAGAGAAGGCUGCUCCAGUCUGUGGCAAGUGUUGGGGAAGAGCUACUCAGCCAACAGACCACACCCAAUGGGGACAGUGAGGUUUCCAUCCCGGGGGGAGUGUUGCUGGAGACUGAGACGCUGUCUCCUUUGGACCAGCUAAGACAGCGCUGGGAAAACCUGAAUAAAGAUCAGAGCACAAAGCUGCAGCUAUCCCUUAACUCCCUGGAACAGGAUCAACUCAGCCCGGUCCUCCACCGGUCCUGUCUGACUAGUCCCGUUGUGGUGUUUAGAGGUGAGUCUGGCAGCCAGGACUCUCACUCUCCCAGAGCUUUGUUUGAGACCUGCAGCCAGACUCUGGAAAGAAUCGCCCAAGAGGCAGUGAGCGGUGACAGCAAACUGGCAGUGUCUUUUGCUGGGGUGACGGUCCAGCAGGACUUGUAUGCUGCAGUUUCAGCAGCCUCCCUCUGGCUGGAUGCUGCUGAGAAUCAGCUGCUCUCUGGUCCUGUGCUGCUGUCCGAGGGUACAGAGACACAACUCACAAAUCUAGAGGGUCUGAAUAAACAGCUGAAGGAGAUGACCAGGGAGGUGAACCAGUGCAGAGAUAUACUGGGUGGAGGAGCAGGCCGUCUGUGUGGAGGAGAGGAGCAAGCUCUGAUGGAGGACACCCUGGAGGGCCUGCAGGAGAGGAUGGGCCUGCUGGACUCCACCCUGGAGCAGCACUGCGACAGCAUGAGGGACAGGCUGCAGGAACACUCAACUUUCCAGAAUGAAAUGAGGAUGCUGUUCACAGCUCUCAGUGAAAGUAAACACCAAUUGCUGCAAAAGAUGGCUGGAACUGCAGACAGACCCGCAUCCAAACAGAUAGAGGUAUUAUCAGAAGUGGAGGACAGUCUGAGGGAGUUUGAGCAGAGAGUGACUGAGCUGAAGACCAGAGCAGAGGGACUCAAACCUGAACAAUUCUCUAAUCAGGAACUACUCAAACUACAGGAUGCAUAUGAGGAGCUGGUGCUGAUGGUGGGCUCCAGACGUAGCAGCCUGAACCACGGCUUGUCUCUCAAGGCUCAGUAUGAAGCUGCACUUCAUGACCUCACAGACCUGGUGGACACCGCUCAGGACAAGAUGGCUGCCGACCAGAAGAUGACAGUGGCCUCUGUCAUAGAGGUCCAGAUGUUGCUGGAUAAACACAAAAAGUUCUUUCAGGGUCUUGAAUGCCACAUGAUCCUCACACAGACAUUUUACAGUAAAGUGUCUGGUCUGGUGGCACAGAGGGAAAGCCAGGCCCUGGAGGAGACCAUGGCUUUAGCCCACAGUGUGCUCAAACAGGCCCACAGGAGGGGAGUGGAGCUGGAGGGCAUACUGGAGUCGUGGAGCAGGCUUGUGGAAGACUACCAGGCACUGUGUAGACAGCUGGAGGCUGUGGAGUGUAGCAUCCCCACUGUAGGUCUAGUAGAGGAGACGGAGGAGAGACUCACCGAAAGGAUCAGUCUCUACCAGCGUUUGAAGGCCAGCCUGACAGAGCAUCAGCCCCAGCUGUACCAGGUUCUGGAGGAGGGCAAGAGGCUUCUUCUGUCUGUCGGCUGUUCAGACUUAGAGAAUCAGCUGACCCAACUGGGAGAACACUGGCUCUCCUCCACCACCAAGGUCAACAAGGAGCUGCACCGCCUCGACUCGACGCUCAAACACUGGAGCAGGUACCAGAGUGAGUCAGCAGAAUUGAGCCACUGGUUGCAGUCAGCUCUGGACCGGCUUGAGUUCUGGACAACCCAGUCAGUGACAGUGCCUCAGGAGCUGGAGACUGUCAGAGACCACCUCUAUGCCUUCCUGGAGUUUUCCAAGGAGGUGGAUGCGAAGUCGUCUUUGCGUUCUUCAGUGCUAAGCACGGGCAACCAGCUUCUGCGAUUGAAAAGAGUAGAUACAGCUGGUCUGAGGACGGCGCUGGGCCAAAUCGACACUCAGUGGGCUGAGCUGCUGACGCGUAUUCCUGUAGUGCAAGAGAAGUUACACCAGUUACAGAUGGAGAAGCUGGCAUCACGGCACGCCAUCACAGAGCUGAUGAGCUGGAUCUCUCUCAUGGAGAACAUCAUAGAUGAAGACCAGGAGAAGAUCAUGGGGGCUGUAGGCUCCGAAGUGGUCCAGAACUUCUUGCAGAAGUAUAAGGGUUGCCGCAUUGAUCUGACCUGUAAGCAGCUGACUGUGGACUUUGUUAACCAGUCCGUGCUGCAGAUCAGCAGUCAGGAUGUGGAGGGAAAGCGCAGUGACAAAACAGACUUUGCUGAGAAGCUGGGAGCUAUGAACAGAAGAUGGCAGAUACUGCAGGGACUCAUUGCUGAAAAGAUUCAGCUAUUGGAAGGACUUUUGGAAGGUUGGGUAGAACAUGAAAAUGGAGUCCAGGCCCUGAAAACCUGGCUCACACUACAGGAGGAGAAGCUGAAGAAGAGACACAGGAUAGAGGAUGUAGCAUCAGUGCAGAAUGCACUUAAAGAUUGUCAGGAGUUGGAAGAAUUAGUGAAGGAAAAAGAGAAGGAUCUAGAGAAAGCAGAGGAACGAGGAAACGCUCUCAUUCAGGAUAAGAAAGGAGCAACUUGCUCUGUUGUCAAGGAGAAUCUGAAAGUGCUGAACCAGUCCUGGGCUCAUUUGGACCACAUGAUAAGUCAGAUGAAGGGCAGCCUGCGGUCAGUGUUGGAGCAGUGGACACUGUAUCGGCGAGCUUCAGAGGAGAUUAACGGUUACCUGAUGGAGGGGAGGUACUCUGUGUCCAGGCUGCGUCUCCUAAACGGGUCUCCAGAGGCAGUGCAGCAGCAGGUGGAGAGUCUGGAGAACCUGCAGGAGGAGAUGGAUAAACAGGAGAGCAGUCUUAGGAAAUUUGGUUCCGUAACACACCAGCUACUGACAGAGUGCCACCCGUCUGUGGCUGAAACACUCAACAGAGCCCUCCAGGAUGUCAACAUCAGGUGGAACCGCCUACUAGAGCAGAUCUCAGAGCAGCUGAGGAGUAGUAAGGCCUUGUUGGGGCUGUGGCAACGCUACAGGGGAUUGUACGGCCUGUGUGGGACAGCAGUUCAGAAACAGGAAGAACAUGCUGAUCGCCUGCUGAAGAGCGCCACCGACAGGGAGAUCACAGAAGAGGAGAGCAUCGCCUGGAUAAAGGACUGUAAUGCGUGCCUUGGUAACCAGGCCUCAGUGCAGGAGUCCCUGCAGCAGCUGCAGGAUUUAGGGGAACAGCUGAAGAGCCAAGUCGAUGCCUCUUCCUCUGCAGCCCUCCAGUCAGACCACCUGUCACUCACACACCGUCUAGCAACACUGGAGCACGCCCUUCACAGGCAGCAGGAAGUACUGCAGUCUGGAUCCCAGGCCUGUGAUGGUUUCAGAGACCAGUUGAAUGCAUUAAUAUGUAAGGCUGAGGAGGCUGAGGAGGUGCUAAAGGAGUCUGACUCAGUUGGCUCAUCGGAGCUCAAUGUGGUCCAGACGCGUAUGGAAAAAUUGAAGGUUCACUUGUUGAAGUUGAGCAGUCUAUCUCCAGACCUAGAACGGGUUAACGAGCUGGUGUACAGACUACCAGUCAGUGACCGAGAUGUCAAACAGCUGCAGAGUCUCAACAGAGCCUGGGCCGCUCACUGCGCUCACCUCACUGAGAGGUUCAGUAAACUGCAGGCGGUGUUGCUCCAGCAGCAGAGCUUCCUCCAGAAGUGCGAGGCCUGGAUGGACUUCCUGUCUCAGACUGAGCAGAAGCUGACUGCUGAGAUCUCAGGCAACUACCAGAGUCUGCUGGAGCAGCAGAGAGACCACGAGUUGUUCCAGGCAGAAAUGUUUAGCAGGCAACAGAUUCUCUACUCCAUCAUCAGUGAUGGCCAUCAUAUGUUGGACCAGGGACAAGUGGAUGACAGAGACGACUUCAGUGUGAAGCUGGCCUUGCUGAGCAAUCAGUGGCAGUGUGUAGUGCGGCGGGCUCAGCAACGAAGAGGCAUUAUUGACAGUCUGGUCCGCCAGUGGCAGAACUACCGGGAGAUGGCAGAGAAGCUGCUACGGUGGCUCCAGGAAGUGACCCAUGAUCCAGACGUUCUUCAGCCGGGAGAACCAGUGGCCCUGCAGCAGGCCAGAAACCUGUUAGAUCAGAUCCAGCUGAGGGAGCGAGUGCUCCAGAGGCAGCAGGGAGGCUACAUCCUCACUGUGGAGGCUGGCAGGAGCCUGCUGCUAUCAGCCGACGCCAGGGCCGAGUCCACCCUGCAGACAGAGCUGAUGGAGAUUCAGGAAAGGUGGAGGCAUGCCCACCACCGCCUGGACCGGCAGAGGAGGGAGCUGCACGGCUUGCUCAAGAACUGUGAACGAUGUGAGAAGGGCAUAGAUGCGUCGCUGGAGAAGCUGAGGGCCUUCAAGAGGAAGCUGUCGGUGCCACUGCCUGACCACCAUGAGGAGCUACACUCAGAACAAAUCAGAUGCAAGGAGUUGGAGAGCAGUGUGGAGGGCUGGACCGAUGACCUCACUUCCUUGUUCCUGCUGAGGGACUCCUUGGAGGGCGUGGUCGGUGCAGAUGACAUCACUGUCCUACAGGAACGCCUCCAGCUGCUACAGCGCCAGUGGGAGGAGGUCUGCCACCAGCUGUCCCUGCGCAAGCAGCAGGUGAGCGAGAAGUUGAAUGAGUGGGCCGUGUUCAAUGAGAAGAACAAGGAGCUGUGUGAGUGGCUCACACAGAUGGAGAGCAAGGUCUCUCAGAAUGGAGACAUCGGCAUUGAAGAGAUGAUUGAAAAACUGCGCAAGGACUACCAGGAGGAGAUCGGCGUAGCUCAGGAGAACAAGCAGCAGCUGCAGGUGAUGGGUGAGCGCCUGGCCAGGGCCAGCCAAGAGAGCAAGGCGGCCGAGAUCCAACACAAACUCAGCAAAGUCAGCGAGCGCUGGCAACACCUGCUGGACCUCAUUGCUGCCAGGGUGAAGAAGUUGAGGGAGACCCUGGUCGCAGUGCAGCAGUUGGAUAAAAACAUGAGCAGCCUGCGUUCCUGGCUGGCUCACAUCGAGACAGAGCUGUCCAGGCCCAUCGUCUACGACACCUGUGACCACCAUGAGAUUCAGAGGAAACUCAACCAGCAGCAGGAGCUGCAGAGGGACAUAGAGAAACACAGUACAGGUGUGGCAUCCGUCUUGAACCUGUGUGAAGUCCUGCUCCACGACUGUGAUGCCUGCUCAACAGAGACUGAGUGUGACUCCAUCCAGCAGGCCACCAGAGGGCUGGACAGACGCUGGAGGAACAUCUGUGCCAUGUCAAUGGAGAGGAGGCUCAAGAUUGAGGAGACGUGGAGGUUGUGGCAGAAGUUCCUGGAUGAUUACUCCAGGUUUGAGGACUGGCUGAAGACCUCAGAAAGAACAGCAGCUCUGCCGAACUCCUCUGGAGUUCUUUAUACUGUCGCUAAAGAGGAGCUUAAGAAGUUUGAGGCCUUCCAGCGUCAGGUGCAGGAGUGUCUGACCCAGCUGGAGCUCAUCAACAAACAGUACCGUCGUCUGGCCCGUGAGAACCGCACUGACUCCUCCUGCCGUCUCAGAGAAAUGGUGCAUGAUGGGAACAAGCGAUGGGAUAACCUGCAGAGGAGGGUGGCUGCCAUCCUACGCAGACUCAGGCACUUCAUCAGCCAGAGAGAGGAGUUUGAGACGGCACGAGACAGCAUCCUGGUCUGGCUGACUGAGAUGGACCUCCAGCUAACCAACAUAGAGCACUUCUCUGAGUGUGACGUGCAGGCCAAGAUAAAACAGCUCAGGGCGUUCCAGCAGGAGAUCUAUCUGAACACGGGGAAGAUUGAGCUGGUGUUCAGGCAGGGUGAAGCCCUGAUUGAGAAGAGUGAACCUCUGGACGCGGCCGUCAUCGAGGAGGAGCUGGAGGAGCUGCAGAGAUACUGCCAAGAGGUCUUCGGACGGGUCGACAGAUACUACAAGAAACUCACGCGUCUGCCUCUGGCUGACGAUGAGCUCGAUGGUUCAGACAGAGAGCUUGACAUGGAGGAAGGGGGCGACCUCUCUGAGCUGCAGUGGGUCGACUCCUCUUUGCCCCGGACAUCCAGCCGUCAAGCCUCGGGUACGACCGCCCUCAUCCGGGCCGACCGCUCGGGACGGGACACUCCGGCCAGCGUGGACUCCAUCCCGCUAGAGUGGGACCACGACUACGACCUGAGCAGAGGUCUGGAGAGCCCCGGAGGACGAGGCCAGGGGGAAAGGAGCAGAGGGCAAGAGGAGGAGGAUGAGUAUCUGAGGACGGCUGCCACAGUGCUGUCAGAUGUAGUUAUCCCAGAGAGCCCAGAAGCCUAUAUAAAACUGACUGAGAACACUCUGAAAUCGUCCUCUGGUGAGCCAGGCCAGCUGGAGGCCAGUCUGAGACAGCUGGAUCAGGCUCUGGAUGCAGGACGAUAUCACCUCCAGCAGAGAGAGGCCAGCGCCAACCGCUCCAGCCCCGACAUCGACUCCACAUACAUGGGCUAUAUGCGUCUGAUGGGGGAGUGUCGAGGCAGUAUAGACGCAGUGAAGAGAACAGAGGGAGAGCUGACUGAAGACGAGGAUGACGUGCCGGGGCUCACCAACCCCACCAGCACAGACACUCAGAGUGCAGGGGUGAUCGAGCGCUGGGAGCUGAUCCAAGCGCAGUCCCUGAGCGAGAAACACAGACACAAACAGAACCUGCAGCAGUGGCAGCAGCUGAUCUCAGAUCUGCAGACCAUGAGGGCCUGGCUGGGUCAGUCCGAGGCUGAACUCGGCCAGCUGCGAGGGCUCGAUCUCAGCACCGACAUACACACCAUCCAGCAGAGAAUCAAGAAGCUCAAGGAGCUGCAAAAGGGGAUGGACGCCCACAAGUCAGAGGUCCUGUCCAUCAACCUGAGCAGCGCUGACUUCCUCCAAUCCGAGCCCGACUCUGAGGAGGCCUGGGAGUUGAGGGACGGGCUGAAAGAGAUGAACUCGCGCUGGGAUCGGCUCGGUACCUCACUGGAGGACUGGAGGGAGGAGCUGCAGAGGGCGCUGAUGCAGUGCCAGGAGUUCCAUGAGAUGAGCCACGGUCUGCUGCUGUGGUUGGAGAACAUUGACCGCAGGAGGAACGAGGUGGUGCCCAUCGCUCCCAAAGUGGAUCGUGAAACAUUACGUGCUCAUCACAAAACACUGACGCAAAUCAAGCGCGAGCUGCUGGACUCGCAGCAAAAGGUGUCGUCCCUUCAGGAGCUCUCGGCUCAGCUGCUGGUCAACACUAAACCUCACGCCCCGCUGCUGCAGUCGCAGACCUCAGAGCAGAUCCAGGCUCAGGGCAGCGAGUGUCUGGAGGCCCAGGAGAAGGUGCACGUGAUCUGGAACAGGCUGAGGCUGCUGCUGAGGGAGGUCAGCUCGGACCUGGAGGGGCUGGAGAGGAGACUGGAGGCCGUGGACACACAGCAGGAUUGCUUACCGCUGCCUGUUGGCAAAUCAGAAAUCUGCGGAUCAGCUGCUCCUGUGUCAGACAUGAACGUCGAAAGUCGCAAACGAUUGCCCAGAGGCAAAAGUAGUCAGGCCCACCCGGGACACCCUGAGAGCGGCCCGCGCCACAGCCGGAGCAGAUCACCAGGCGCCGCUGGCUGCGUUUCUUCCCGUUCUGACCUUCCGGAUGGCGUCUCCUCGUCGACCGCCUGCUCCUCAAGGGGCCCGUCCUUCCUGGUGCGGGUCCUCAGGGCCGCGCUCCCCGUCCAGCUACUCCUCCUGUUCCUCAUCGGUCUGGCCUGCCUGGUGCCUAUGACCGAGGAGGACUACAGCUGCCACCACGCCAACAACUUCGCCCGCUCCUUCCAUCCCAUGCUGCGCUACACCAACGGACCUCCGCCCAUAUGAGGAGCAGCUGAAUAUCUACCUACCGCUUUGCCAAGGACUCCACUGACCCCUGUGAAUGUUUCUUCUUCACCCCGUGCCCUAAAGCUACAAACUCUUCCCCUGCUGGGGAGCCACAUGCAUUAUGAAGUGAUUCAGAGGUGAUAUGAGACUUAUCCCAGUAACGUUGCACACCCACUCUCCUGAGGAAUCACCUCAACCCUUUAAAACCCUGACUCUCCAGACUAAAUGGACCUUCAUCUGGAACCCCCCCCCAUCCAAAUGUUUCGUGUUGUUUUAACUUAAAUGUGUAUAUUAUUUUUAAGGUUUCUGAAGAAACCUGUGAAAUCAAUGAAAAACAAAGCACUAUUUAUAUACUCUUUGUUGGGAGCCAAAGUCGACCGUGCUAUUUGUCCAUGAUAUCCAGUGCUGCUACUAUUUAUUUAGUGUUCAAUCCAUUAAUAGAUUGUUAGUAUUGAAGAAGCUAAAGCACCACCAGUGUGGGAUAUUGUAACGGUAAACUGUAGAGUAGACGUGCAGUUUGAGUAGCAAUCAUUCACAGUCUUAGAAGUGAAGAGUUUCUUUCCAAAAGACACACUGAAGAACUACUCACACAAAACGCCUGAAAUGGCACAGAAACAAAAGUCAGCAGGAAGGGUGAGACGUAGCUUUGUGUUCUUUGCUUUACACGCUUGAAAAAAAAAAAAAAACUGCUUGAAUUUCGAAAUGAAGUCUUCGUAAGAUGUUAAAGCUAAAAUCUGAACCUAUAGCACUGACAUGAGCACUGUCGGAGGUACUGCACUGAAGCCGUCCAGCCAAGAUGGCCGACUUCUCUCCCCAAAAGCCAAGCCUUGUAUUCCUGUUUUUAAUUUCAAUAUUUAAUCAACCGGAGCCAAUAUGAAAAAAGAUAUGAGCUCUCUUUUUAAAAAAAAUGCAAUUGAUUUGUAUAAUAUUGUUGAAAUGCCUUUGAAUACUGGCAGUUAUUUUUUUACCUUUCUGUUUGAGCAUGCACUUGAAAGUCCCCAGCUUUAGAGAAAGCCAAACAAUCACUGGUAGUGUUUUAGUAGAUGGCUGUGACAUUAAAUAAAUAGUGUGCUUUGUAAUAACUGCGCAAUGAUGAUGAGACAUCAGAAUCACUGCGUUGUUAAAACAGAAUCUGUAAAAAGUGAUGAAAUAUGAAAAUGGUUAUUUAUGUAUGUACAGUUUGCUAAUGCCGACUUCAUGAAGAAUACUCUCUUUGAAAAUAAUAAAACAUGAAA